AUGCGUUUCUGCACUGCCCUCGUUGCCAUCCUGCCGCUGGCCCUCGCCCUCGACAAGCCCCUCGACAUCCAGGUCACCCACAGCGUCGAGUGCGAGCGCAAGACCGUCGCCGGCGACAAGGUCGACGUGCACUACCGCGGCACGCUCGAGGCCGACGGCACCGAGUUCGACGCCUCCUACAACCGCGGCCAGCCGCUCUCCUUCACCGUCGGAAAGGGCAUGGUCAUCAAGGGCUGGGACCAAGGCCUGCUCGACAUGUGCAUUGGCGAGAAGCGCACCCUCACCAUCCAGCCCGAGUGGGCCUACGGCUCUCGCGGCGUGGGCCCCAUCCCGGCCAACAGCGUGCUGAUCUUCGAGACGGAGCUCGUCAAGAUCAAUGGCGCCGCCAAGGACGAGCUGUGA